AUGCAGACCCCUCCAAAGGAAACUGCUAUGGAAAGCAGUGGGCCAAAGGUUUUGGAAACAGCAGAAGAAAUCCAGCACAGGAGACAGGAGGUCUUGGACCGGUACCAGAGGUUCAAAUAUCGGGUUGUUGAGAGGGGUCAGAAGCUUGAAGAGUCUUAUCAAUACCAAGUUUUCAGAAGAGAUGCAGAUGACCUGGAGAAAUGGAUCAUGGAGAAACUUGAGAUUGCAAAGGACAAGUCGUAUGAACCCACUAAUAUACAGGGAAAGUACCAAAAGCAUGAAUCCUUUGUAGCAGAGGUGCAAGCAAAAUCAAAGGUUCUACCUGGUCUUGAAGCAAUCAGGGAAACUCGAAUCGCUGAAGAUCAUUUUGCCCAUGAAGACACCAAAACCCAUCUGGAGGAGCUGCAUCGUCUGUGGGACCUGCUUUGGGAGCUGACACAAGAGAAAAGCGACCUGCUGCUGCAGGCACUGAAGUUCUAUCAGUACUCACAGGACUGUGAAGACAUCUUGGAGUGGAUCAAAGAGAAGGAGGCUAUAGUGACAUUAGUGGAGCUAGGCGAUGACUGGGAGCGAACAGAAGUUCUACAUAAGAAGUUUGAAGAGUUUCAGGAAGAACUGACAGCUCGGAAGGGGAAAGUGGACAGAGUCAACCAAUAUGCGAAUGAGUGUGCUGAGAAGAAACAUCCUAAGCUGCCUGAGAUAAAGGCAAAGCAGGAUGAAGUCAAUGCUGCCUGGGAGCGGCUCUGUCAUCUGGCUCUCAAGAGACAAGAAAGUCUGUCAAAUGCUGCAAAUCUCCAACGAUUCAAAAGGGACGUGACAGAAGCCAUUCAGUGGAUGGAAGAGAAGGAGCCGCUACUCACCUCUGAGGACUAUGGCAAAGAUCUCGUUAGCUCUGAGGCCCUGUUUCACAGUCACAAGGGACUUGAGAGGAGUCUUGCAGUCAUGGAUGACAAGGUAAAGGAGUUAUGCGCUAAAGCAUACAAGCUGAUGACUUCGCACCCCGAGGAUGCGCCUCAGAUUCAGCAGAUGAAAGAGGAUCUGAUUUCCAACUGGGAACGCAUUCGUGCUUUGGCUACUACCAGAUUUGAGAAGCUGAAGGCUUCUUAUGGGUACCAUCGGUUCUUAUCUGACUAUGAUGAGCUCUCAGGCUGGAUGAACGAAAAGACUGCUCUGAUCAAUGCUGAUGAGCUGCCAACAGAUGUGGCCAGUGGGGAAGCCCUGCUAGCCAGGCACCAGCAGCAUAAGCAUGAGAUUGACUCUUAUGAUGACCGAUUUCAAUCUGCCGAUAUGACUGGUCAAGAGCUGCUGGAUGGCAAUCAUGAAGCCUCUGAGGAAAUUCGAGAGAAAAUGACAGCACUUGCUAACGCCUGGGCUGCCCUGCUGGAGCUGUGGGACAAGCGUCAACAUCAGUACUGCCAGUGUCUGGAUUUUCACCUCUUCUACCGAGACAGUGAACAAGUGGAUAGUUGGAUGAGCAGACAAGAGGCCUUCCUAGAAAACGAGGACCUGGGAAACUCACUGGGAAGUGCUGAAGCCCUUCUUCAGAAACAUGAUGACUUUAAGGAAGCCUUCACUGCGCAGGAAGAGAAGAUCAUAACUUUAGAUGAGACUGCAACCAAGCUGAUAGACAAUGACCAUUACGAUUCUGAGAACAUCGCUGCUAUCCGUGAUGGGUUGUUGGCCCGGCGUGAUGUCCUCCGUGAAAGGGCUGCCAUUAGAAGAAAACUGCUCACAGAUUCAGUGCUUCUUCAGCAACUGUAUGAAGACUCAGAUGACCUAAAAACUUGGAUCAACAAGAAGAAAAAGUUGGCAGAUGAUGAAGAUUACAAGGAUAUACAGAACUUGAAGAGCCGUGUUCAGAAGCAGCAGGACUUUGAAAAGGAAUUGGCAGCUAAUGAAAUUAUGCUUAACAAAUUGGAGAAAACUGGUCAGGAGAUGAUUGAGAGUGACCACUAUGCCUCAGAAGCUGUGGCCACACGUAUGAGUGAGGUUGCCAGUCUCUGGAAGGAGCUGCUGGAGGCAACAGCACAGAAAGGGACCCAGUUGUAUGAAGCUAAUCAGCAGCUACAGUUCGAAAACAAUGCUGAAGACCUGAAGCGCUGGCUGGAGGAGGCCAAGCAGCAGGUUUCCUCUGAGGAUUAUGGGAAAGGACUAGCUGAUGUACAGAAUCUACUCAGGAAGCACGGCCUCCUGGAGUCGGCUGUGACUGAUCGUCAGGAUCAAGUGGACACCCUCACAGACAUGGCUGCACACUUUGAAGAAAUAGCCCAUCCCAACGCUGGGGACAUGCGUGCAAGGCAAGAAUCCUUGGUGUCCAAGUUUGAAGCUUUGAAAAAGCCACUGGCUACUCGGAAGAAGAAGCUCAUUGACCUGCUCCGUCUACAGCAGAUUUGCAGAGACUCAGAAGAUGAGGAGGCGUGGAUCCAGGAGACGGAGCCCUCAGCCACCUCCACCUUUCUUGGCAAGGACUUGGUGGCAGCCAAGAAUCUUCUGAACAGACAUGAAGUCAUCUUGGCAGACAUUGCCAGCCAUGAGCCACGCAUCCAAGUGAUAACAGAAAGGGGGAACAAAAUGGUAGAGGAAGGACACUUUGCUGCAGAAGACAUAGCCUCUAGGGUUGGGAGCUUGAACAAGAACAUGGAGUCUCUCCAUGCUCGAGCCACUAGGCGGCAGAAUGCCCUGGAGGCCAAUGUCCAGCUCCAGCAGUACCUGGCAGAUCUGCAUGAAGCAGAAUCCUGGAUUAAAGAGAAAGAACCCAUCGUAGACAACACAAACUACGGAGCUGAUGAGGAAGCCUCUGGGGCCCUUCUCAAGAAGCAUGAGGCCUUCCUGGUGGAUCUAGAUGCAUUUGGGAAUAGCAUGAACACUCUACGAGAUCAGGCCGAAGCCUGCCAGCAACAGCAGGCUGCACCAGUGGAUGAGGCUGCUCAAGAAGUUAAGGUUAUAGUUGUAGCUGACUUCCAAGCCAGCAACCCCAGAGAAGUCACCGUGAAGAAGAAUGAUGUCUUAACUCUGCUCAGUUCCAUCAACGAGAAAUGGUGCAAGGUUGAAGCUGAUGAUCAGCAGGGCUUUGUUCCAAAGAAGCACGUCCAAAAAUUGACCCAAAAAGAUCUCGCAGAGCUCCCACCGCGCCGGCUAGAAGAGCCAGUCAACAUUGCCCAGUGCCAGCAGCAGAUCGAAGAUUUGUACCGCUCCCUCCUGGAUCGGGCAGAAGUACGCAGACGUCAUUUGCUGCAACGUUACAAUGAGUUUCUGCUGGCCUAUGAGGCAGGGGACAUGCUGGACUGGAUCCAAGAGAAAAAGGCAGAAAACACUGGGCUACAGCUAGAUGAUGUCUGGGAACUGCAAAAACAGUUCGAUGAGUUCCAAAGGGAUCUGAAGACAAAUGAGCCUCGUCUAAAGGACAUCAACAAGGUGGCUGAUGAACUGCUGUUUGAAGAUCUCCUGACUCCAGAAGGAGCUCACAUCCGACAGGAGCUGAAUACCCGCUGGCAUUCUUUGAAGAGGCUGGCAGAUGAACAGCAUCAGCUGCUAAGCAGUGCCCAUGCUGUUGAGAUGUUUCACAGGGAAGCAGAUGAUAUCAAGGAACAGAUUGAUAAGAAGUGUAGGGCUCUUAGUGCUGCUGACCCUGGUUCUGACUUGCUCAGUGUUCAGGCCCUCCAGCGGCAGCAUGAAGUCUUUGAGAGAGACAUUAUACCUCUGGGAGAAAAGGUGACUGUAUUGGGAGAGACAGCUGAGCGUCUCUGUGAGUCCCACCCAGAUGCCACUGAAGAUCUGCAGAAACAGCGAACAGAGCUGAAUGAAGCCUGGGCUGUCCUGCAGAGUCUCACAAAUGAUCGUAAGGAAAGCCUGAACGAGGCUCAGAAAUUCUACCAAUUCCUCAGCAAAGCCAGUGACCUAGAUAAUUGGAUGAAAGGCAUUGGUGGCAUGAUAUCAUCACCUGAGCUGGCCGAGGACUUAACUGGCACAGAGAUCUUGCUGGAACGACACCAGGAGCAUCAUGCUGACAUGCAGGCAGAAGCACCCACCUUCCAGGCCUUAGAAGAUUUUGGAACAGAACUUAUAGAUAGAGGACACUGUAACAGCCCUGACAUUGAAAACACACUUCAAACUGUUAAACUAAAGAGAGAUGAUUUGGAGAAGGAUUGGGAAAAACGCAAGAAGAUGCUAGACCAAUGUCUAGAACUCCAGUUUUUCCGAGGGAACUGUGAACAGCUGGAGAGCUGGAUGGUGGCACGUGAAAAUUCCCUGAGGUCAGAUGACAGGGAUUACUUAAACAGUCUGCAGGCUUUGAUGAAGAAACGUGAUGAUUUAAACAAAGCAAUUGCUACCCAGGAAGGGAAGAUUGCUGACCUAGAGCAUUUUGCUGCUCGACUCAUAGAUGAGGACCAUUAUGCCAAAGAAGAGAUUGCUGCUCAGCUCCAGCGGGUGCUAGACAGAUGGAAGGCUCUCAAAGAACAACUGCUUGCUGAACUGGGAAAGCUUGGGGACUAUGCGGACCUGAAACAGUUCUAUCGGGACUUUGAGGAGCUGGAGGAAUGGAUGGAUGAGAUGCUGCCCACAGCCUGUGAUGAAUCUUACAAAGACCCCACUAACAUUCAGAGGAAAUACCUAAAACACCAGACCUUUGAAAAUGAAGUCAAUGGUCGUGCAGAUCAGGUGCAAGGAGUCAUCAGUCUGGGGAAGUCCCUAAUUGAGCGCAGGGCAUGUGAUGGUGAUGAAGAGAACGUGAAGGACCAACUGGACAAGCUAAAGGAGAAGUGGGAGUAUCUCCUUGAGAGAACAACUGACAAAGGGCAGAAGCUCAAUGAGGCUAGUCGCCAGCAAAGGUUCAACACAAGCAUCCGGGACUUUGAAUUCUGGCUUUCAGAGGCAGAAGGGCUGCUGGCCAUGAAAGAUCAGGCCAGGGACUUAGCUUCAGCUGGAAACCUGCUUAAGAAGCAUCAGUUACUGGAAGCAGAGAUGUUGGCUCGAGAGGACCCUCUCAAAGACCUGAAUAAUUUGGCUAAAGAACUGAUCUCCAGUGGGACUUUCAACAUUGACCAGAUAGAAAAGAAAAUGGAUGGAGUCAAUGAACGUUUCCAGAAUGUCCAGAGCUUGGCAGCUGCACAUCAUGAGAAACUGAAAGAGGCCUAUGCUCUGUUCCAGUUCUUUCAGGACCUGGAUGAUGAGGAAGCCUGGAUAGAGGAGAAAUUGCUACGAGUGAGCUCCCAAGACUAUGGGAGGGAUCUUCAGGGUGUCCAGAACUUACUGAAAAAGCACAGGCGCCUAGAGGGGGAGCUAGUAGCACAUGAACCUGCAGUCCAGAAUGUGUUGGACAUGGCAGAGAGGCUGAGAGACAAGGCUGCCAUGGGGCAAGAGGAGAUCCAGGAACGACUGGCUCAGUUUGUCCAGCACUGGGAGAAACUCAAAGAGCUGGCCAAGGCUCGAGGGGUGCAGUUGGAAGAGUCUUUGCAGUACCUGCAAUUCAUGGAGAAUGCUGAGGAAGAGGAAGCGUGGAUAGGUGAAAAGGAUGCUAUGGUCACCCGUGGGGACUCUGGAGACACACUGGCUGCUACGCAGAGUUUGCUGAAGAAGCAUGAAGCUUUGGAGAAUGACUUUGUUGUCCAUGAGACCCGGGUUCAAAAUGUGUGUGCACAAGGAGAAGACAUUCUUUGUAAGGAGGAAACUCAGAACAAGGAGAAGAUUUCUGCCAAGAUCCAGGCUCUGAAUGAAAAGGCACCUUCUCUGGCUAAGGCAAUAGCUGCUUGGAAGUUGCAACUGGAAGAUGAUCAUGCCUUUCAGAAGUUUAACUGGAAAGCUGACGUGGUGGAGUCCUGGAUAGGUGAUAAGGAAGCAAGCCUAAAGAACAAGAUCAAUGGUGCAGACCUUCCUGCUUUCCUUACACUCCUGGCAAAGCAGGACACACUGGAUGCCAGCCUUCAGAGCUUCCAGCAAGAGCAGCUUUCUGAGAUCACUGACCUCAAGGACCAGCUGGUGGCUGCAGAGCACAGUCAGACCAAAGCCAUUGAGGAGCGUUAUGCAGCCCUGAUGAGGCGCUGGGAGCAGCUCCUGGAGGCCUCUGCAGCUCACAGGCAGGAACUGCUGGAGAAGCAGCUGCCUUUACAGAAGGCUGAGGAGCUAUUCAUGGAAUUUGCACACAAAGCAUCAGCUUUUAACAACUGGUGUGAGAAUGCUGAAGAGGACCUGUCAGAGCCAGUGCACUGUGUCUCUCUGAAUGAGAUUCGGCAGCUGCAGAAGGAGCACGAGGCCUUCUUGGCCUCUCUGGCUGUGGCUCAGGAGGACUUCAACUAUUUAUUGGAGCUAGACCAGCAGAUUAAAGCUUUAAAUAUGCCCUCCAGUCCUUACACCUGGCUAACAGUGGAGGUGCUAGAAAGAAUCUGGAAGCACCUGCCUGAGGUCAUCAAGGAACGGGAGCAGGAGCUCCAAAAGGAAGAGGCAAGACAGAUCAAGAACUUUGAAAUGUGCCAGGAGUUUGAACAGAAUGCCAGUGCCUUCCUUCAAUGGGUCCUGGAAACCAGGNNNUAUUUUCUGGAUGGAUCUUUGCUCAAAGAAACAGGGACUCUGGAAUCCCAAUUGGAAGCAAAUAAAAGGAAACAGAAGGAGAUCCAGGCAAUGAAGCGUCAGCUGACCAAGAUUGAGGAUCUGGGGGACAACAUGGAAGAGGCUCUGAUCCUCGAUAUCAAAUACAGCACUAUUGGACUGGCCCAGCAGUGGGAUCAGCUGCACCAGCUGGGGAUGAGGAUGCAACACAAUCUGGAACAACAAAUCCAGGCCAAGGACACCAUAGGUGUGAGUGAGGAGACACUGAAGGAGUUUAGCACCACAUACAAACACUUUGAUGAGAAUCUGACAGGGCGCUUGACUCAUACAGAGUUCCGGUCGUGCCUGAGAGGGCUCAAUUACUACUUGCCCAUGGUUGAGGAGGGUGAACCUGAACCCAAGUUUGAGAAGUUCCUGAAUGCUGUGGAUCCAGGGAGGAAGGGCUAUGUCUCUCUGGAGGAUUACACAUCAUUCCUGAUUGACAAGGAGUCAGAGAACAUCAAGACCAGUGAUGACAUAGAGAGUGGCUUCCAAGCCCUGGCGGAGGGCAAGGCUUAUAUUACCAAAGAGGACAUGAAGCAGGCUCUAACCCCAGAACAAGUGUCAUUCUGCACCAUACAUAUGCAGCAAUACACGGACCCCCGAGGUCGAAGCCAGCCUGCUGGCUAUGACUAUGUUGGCUUCACCAACUCAUUCUUUGGAAAAUGA